AUGACUGUUGAUUCAUCUUUAAAUUACUCCUUUGGAACAAGAGCUAUUCAUGUUGGUGCAUCAGUAGAUGCAACUACAGGAGCUGUUAUUGAACCAAUUUCAUUAUCAACAACUUUUGGUCAAUCCGAGCCUUCAAAGCCAUUAGGAAUUUACGAAUAUUCAAGGUCGGCUAAUCCUAACAGAGACAAUUUCGAGCAAGCUGUGGCAUCCUUGGAAUCUGCAAAAUUUGCAGUUGCAUUAUCUUCGGGUUCAGCCACUACUGCCUUAAUUGUCCAGUCACUUGCUGUUGGAUCUCAUAUUAUUUCCGGUGGAGAUGUUUAUGGUGGUACACACAGAUACUUUACAAAAGUUGCCAACCAUCAUGGGGUUGAAGCCUCUUUUGUUGAAAAUUUGGAAACCGAUUUAGAAGCAACUUUGAGACCCAAUACAAGACUAGUAUGGGUUGAAACUCCAUCGAACCCUACUUUGAAAAUCACUGACAUUGCCAAAGUUAAGCAAAUCUUACUCAACCAUCAAUCCAAAACCGGCAAUAAGGUUAUAUUAGUUGUUGAUAAUACCUUUUUAUCGCCAUACAUUUCGAACCCAUUGAAAUUCGGCGCUGAUGUUGUUGUUCACUCAGUUACCAAAUAUAUAAACGGACACUCAGAUGUGGUAAUGGGUGUCUUGGCCACCUCCGACUCAGAAUUGCAUGACAGAUUUAGAUUUUUGCAAAAUGCUAUAGGAUCAAUUCCAUCGCCAUUCGACUCAUGGUUAGCUCACAGAGGUUUGAAAACUUUACAUUUAAGACUUCGUCAAGCUUCUUACUCGGCUCAGAAGAUUGCUGAAUUUUUACAAUCGAAAAUUGCCCACGAUGGAUCCGUUCUUCAUGUAAACUACCCAGGUUUAUUUACACACAAAAACUAUGAUGUUGUAUUGCGUCAGCACAGAGAUGGAUUAGGUGGUGGUAUGAUCUCCUUCCGUAUCAAAGGAGGCUCUAAAGCUGCAUCGGUUUUCACAUCUUCAACUAAAUUGUUUACAUUGGCUGAGUCGCUUGGUGGUAUUGAAUCUUUAAUUGAGGUGCCUGCAAUAAUGACUCAUGGCGGAAUACCAAAGGAAGAAAGGGAAGCCAACGGAGUCUUUGAUGAUUUGGUAAGAAUUUCUGUUGGUAUUGAAGACACUGACGACUUGAUUGAGGAUAUUCAACAAGCUUUAAAAAAGGCAAGCCAUUAA